UUUUUUAGAGGGGCCUUGUUCUUACUUAGGAGAGAGCAGGGAGAGUGAGAGAAUAGAGGUAUGGCUGCAGAGAGGGUCCCAGUCACCCAGCAGAUAGGGAGGAGUGCUGAGGAGAUUCUGGCUGAACAGCUCUACCACCCAGACUUGGAGAGGGCAGCAAGCUGCCUGGUGAGGGACAGGACUGGCAGGAGCUUGGAGUUUGGAGACUUGUUCAGGGACAAUAAAGCAAUCAUUGUGUUUGUGCGGAAUUUCCUCUGUUACACUUGUAAAGAAUAUGUUGAAGAUCUUGCCAUGAUACCUAAAAGUUUCCUGGAGAAUGCCAACGUCAGACUCAUUGUUAUCGGACAGUCCUCUUAUAUUCACAUUCAGCAUUUUUGUGCAUUAACGGGUUAUUCUCAUGAAAUGUAUGUCGAUCCUGAGAGAGAAAUUUAUUCUACGCUCGGGAUGAAGAAGGGUGAAACAUCAACUACAUCAGCAAGAAGCCCCCAUGUUAAAUCGAACCUCAUUUCUGGAAGCUUCAAAAGUAUUUACAGAGCAAUAACAAGCCCAGUGUUUGAUUUCCAAGGAGAUCCAGCACAACAGGGUGGGGCGUUAAUAGUUGGCCCAGGUAAUAGAGUCCAUUUUAUGCAUCGUGAUGUCAACAGACUGGAUCAUGUUCCAAUACGUACCCUGCUACAAUAUGCAGGUGUAAAACCUAUCCAUUUUGGUGACAAACCAGAGAUAAUAGAAGUAUAAAUUCCAGGAUACUAAAAAUAAUGUUUCAGAUGGCAUACCACUGGCACUGUUUGUAAUAGGCAAUUCUUUUUGCAACUUAUAUGUAAAAAAAAAUGUGCAAGCUUAUUUAUAUGUAAACUACAUUUUCUUAUCAAA